CGAAAAAAAAAAUACAAACACAUUCUUGAGGCAAACAGAGCGAGCGCAGGUACUCCCGUGAAGCGGUGCGAGUGGGCCCGAGCUCGACGACAGUUAUUCUUCCCAAAAAGAUGAACAAUUCGAACUUGCGAGAUGCUUUUCAAUUUCUUACCAGCGAGGCCAAAGAUUUGUUCCUUCCGUCGAACAUACCGGAGACGUACGGUAUCCCGAGUUCGCUGGAAUUUGUGCGCGACUACGUAGCGAAAAACCUUCCCCUGAUAAUGCGCAACGCUGUGAACGAUUGGCCAGCGGUGGACAAAUGGAACUCCAAGUACUUUCGGUUAGUAACGCAUGAGCUGUACGUGUUUUUUUCUCUCCUAGGCGCUAGACGCAAGUUCCACAGAGACACAAUUCCCGACAAAGAGGUAACGGUUGCGAUCACGCCCAACGGCUAUGCGGACGGUUUGGCCUUUCACGAGGAUGAAGAAUAUUUCGUCCUGCCGCUCGAGCAAACGAUGCGAAUGGAGGAUUUCCUCUCCGCCCUUGAUCACAAGGACCCGGACGUCAUUCCCUACAUACAGCGCCAAAAUUCCAACCUUACCGAGGAUUUUCAAGAGCUGUGGAUAGAUGUGAACGAAAGCAGUCUAGAUUUUGCCUCCGAAGCGUUUAACAAACAGCCGGAUGCCAUUAACUUUUGGAUGGGAGAUGAAAGGGCUAUCACAUCCAUGCACAAGGAUCCGUACGAGAAUAUCUACUGUGUGAUUUCCGGAUACAAAGACUUUAUCCUGAUCCCUCCGAUCGACCUACACAACGUACCCCGGCGCCAGUAUCCGAUGGGUAUUUACAUGCAGGAAAAUGACGAUUCGAUAGUUAUCGAGCCAAUUCUGGACGAAAUAGGUAAACCACGGAUGAUCGAGUGGGUCGGCGUGGAUCCGUUGCAGCCAGAUCUGGAACGGUUUCCCUGCUACGCGGAUGCAACAACCUACGAAAUUCGUCUGAACGCUGGGGACUUGCUGUACCUUCCCAGCCUUUGGUAUCAUCACGUACGACAAAGCCACAAAUGCAUUGCGGUCAACUUUUGGUACGACAUGGACUACGAUGCCCGUUACUGUUUCUACAAAAUGAUGGAAAAACUUUGCAACUAUGGACAAUAAAUUUGGGCUGUGUUUUUGAUGACGCACUAUAUUAUA